CGUGUCUGAAAAGAGUGUCACCCUCUGCCCCUCACAGUUACCCUGCAGCAAAUUUUGCUCUCUUUGCCUCUAGCUAUAUUUUUAGCUGCAUUUAUUACAGCUCCCUGCUAUCAUCUUCAUCACAAGAAACACGUUUUUUUCCAACACCCGUGUCAUCUUGUCCAAACAGAAAGCAACAAUGUCCAGCAUCAUGAAAGUGUUUCUGCUCCUGGCUGUCAUGGUCUGCAUCUCUGAAGCCCAGCAUAAGCGUGAAACAGGACAGUGUCUGUGUCAGCUUGUCAGGAAUAAAAUCAACUCGAUGUCUGACAUAAAGGACGUCCAGAUCUACCAAGCAACCAUCUUUUGUGACAAAAUGGAGGCUGUUGUCACCAACCACAGUGGCCUCCGCUAUUGCCUGAACCCCAAGUUGAAGGCAGUGCAAAAAGUCUCGGCUUCCAUCAUGUGA